AUGUGGUCGACCGCCGCCUCUUGGGUCGCCUUGCUUGCGGUCACUGCAGCCCUUACCAGAUAUUAUAACCCUGAUCUGUUCAACAAACUCACCCCAGUUACACGUGUGAGUGUGAGACCAGAACCGGCGACCUCUGACAAAGGGGUGGCUAAGAAACAGAAAACCAAGCGGACACACGCCGGGCGACUCGAUGCCACUGGUAGUGGUACCUCCACUCCAACAAGUGCUACAGAGGGCCAAUCCAAUAAGAAGAGAAAGCUGGUGUCCGCGCCAAUCGAUAAAAACGUCGUCAUUCAGACUACAACUGGCAAGGAAGUAAGCUUGCCACGAGAUGAAAAGCAAGAAUUGAGUAACAAACAAUUCGCUCAACAACUCGCCAAAGCCCAGGCAGGCACAAAGUUGGAGUCAUCCAAAUCACAAGGACCGACAAAGAAGGACCGUCGCGCAGCUCGAAAAGGCACAGAGUCUCAACAGAAUGGCGUUGAGACUUCUGGUAUCUCUACCGAGACUUCCUCCACCACUGGUCGUGAUGCAGAUGACGACCUAUCACCAGCUGGUUCUCCUGCGUCCGGCCCAGUCUCGACCGCUCCUACUUCGAGAGCCGGGGAUGUCUCAGACAUGUUGGAAGCACCAGCUGCGAAACCUACCACUCUUCGACUGACCGAUCUGACGGAGACCAUCAAAAAGAAUGUUCCCAAAUCAGUCGCCAAGGCGUUCGAACCUGUCAUGACCAAGAAACAGCGACAGCGACAAGCGAAACAAGCCGAGCAGAAAGCGCUGAGGGAAGACGCAGACCGCCAGCAUGAUGCCAAGAAACAGGCUCAACUUCGAGCCGCACGAAUGGCGGAAGGGACCUCAAAUCAGACCAAAGCGAAUUCGUUCACAUCCAAGCCGAACGCUUGGCAGCAAGGAAAGCCAGCCUCCGAGGAAUUGAAGAAGAAAGAAUCGCACACUGCGGUCGCCCCCUUGUUGGACACCUUUGAUAAGGAAGAUGUUACGUCAGUCGAUGUCAGUGGGGCAGUAAACUCUCAGCCACUGUCCGACGUGACCAACUCGGUGCCGGCGACUGCCAACGUCAACGAGGUGAAACAACAGGAAGGUGACAACAAGACGGCGGCCCUGGGCGCUUCGAAUCGUGAGAAGGUUUCACGACCCACAUUGGGAACUCAGCCAAGCUGGGCUGAUGAAGUUAACGAUGAAGAGCAGGACAAAUGGGCAAGUGAGCUCACCGGAGAGGAGAGAUGGGAGUCUGUGACAUCUAAGAAGGGUAAGAAGAAGGGCAAAAAGGACAAUGAGACCAGCAGCGAAGCGAGUUCCUCGGUUACACGACCAGCGACCUCGACUCACAACUCCGUCACAGUAAAUGGCGCAAGUCAGAAGAACGUUCAACCACGAAAGGAGUAUGUCAAUCGAUUCCAGUCCAUUGAGGCGUUGCCAGAUUCUUCUUUCAAAGACGCUGAAUGGGAAGCUUAA